GUCAUUUUGCAGGUACCAAACAAGAACGGACAGGGAGAAAGAAAUGUCAUUCAAGCGCGGGAAGGGGAAGGACGAGGAAGACUACUUCUCGAAACACGCUCCUCCCAAGAAAACAUCCAAGAAAGACAAUUCCCCUGAUGAUUCUGGUGACGAAGAUGACAUCUUCAUCUGCGAUGUCUCCAAAAACCGGAGGGUUUCUGUCAGGAAUUGGCAAGGGAAGGUUGUUGUUGAUAUCCGUGAGUUCUACAUGAAAGAUGGCAAGCAAAUGCCUGGCAAAAAAGGUAUCUCAUUGAGCAUGGAUCAGUGGAAAGAACUCCGUGCUCAUGUGGAUGAAAUCGAUAAGGCUCUUGCCUAGUAAGUAAACGUGUAAGUCGAUGUUGACUAUUAAUGUUUUAGUUGGUAGUAGAUACUGUUGCUAAUGAAUUUUCUAGUUUUCUUUUGAAUGGAGGGAGCAUACUUCUUUAGAAUCUUAUUUUGAGCUGCUCUCCGGCAAAAUAUGUUUGGGGAACUAACUGAUAAGCAAGUUGUUAGUUGAUGUAUGGAAACAUAUUAUCAACUCCUCCAAAACAUUGAUUAUUAAGACUUCAAAUGAUAUGUUGUCCAACCAUAUCACUAGUGUUGGUGUUGGUAC